AUGCCUCUUGGAACUGGCGUCGUCCUUGAAUGUCGAGAAAAUGUGGUCCUCUUUGAUGGAUCAAACUUUAGUGCUGUCCCUGAAUCAAAAGUACAACCCGGUAUAGGCUUUACCUUUGUAACAAUGCCUGGCCCUGUCCCAUUUGUGCUCAUGGCCCAAGAUUAUAAAUUGUUCAGUAUCCCACUCAGUGGACCCAACGCAGGAAAGGUGUAUGAUGCAAAGCCCAUCCGGAUCCCAGACACCUCCUUCGAUAACCUUGCUCCCAACGCACCAAGUGCUACCGGUGAUUCAAAGUCGAGCAACUCGGGUGUCAUCAUUGGGGUCGUUUGUGCAGUCUUGCUUGUUAUCGGAGCUGCCGGCUUUGUCUGGUACAGGAAGAAACGAGCUGCACGAAACAACUCACCUGUCCUAUCAAAAGCUUAA